CUUGACACGUUAUCUUUUCACCUCCCAUCCCAGUAACAGCUAGAAGCUAGCAAGCUACGUGAACAUAAACAGCACUUAAAGAAUACAUUAUUUUAACGAUGGAGGAGUAUUCUGGAGACGAGGUGUCUUUCAAUUCUGAUGAGGCCAGUGUGUCAGUUAAGGAGUGUAUUGAAAACAUAAUUGGCGGAGUAGACUAUAACCAGAACAAGGUAAACCAGUGGACCGCCAGCAUCGUGGAGCACUCUUUGACACAGCUGGUCAAACAAGGAAGACCGUUUAAGUUCAUAGUAAACUGUGCCAUCAUGCAGAAGAGUGGAGCAGGCCUUCACACAGCCAAUUCAUGCUAUUGGGACACUGCCACUGAUGGAAGCUGCACGGUCAGGUGGGAGAAUCGCACCAUGUACUGCGUUGUGAGCGUGUUUGCGGUUGCCGUGACGUUGUAAGACGGGGUCACACGUCUUCCUGUCCUUUCCCGACCCGCUCUCCUCUCGCACCGAGAUGCACGCACACAUACAGGAACGCAAGACCACCGCCCAGCCUUGAAGAUCCAAUGCUGAUUAUCCAGAACAAGACCUGUCUGUCGUACAAAAAGAAAACAUCUCCCUGCCCACAUUCACAAACAUGGGAACCUGAGGAUGGAAACUCUGUGAAAUUGUAUGUGAGAAGGAAUAAAGAGCUCAAUAUGUGAGCAAAAUGUAAAUUCUAAACUGUAACGAGACAGCUAUUCUUUUGGGACCAAGAAAAUGGCACAACCUAGUCUAGUAGAUAGAUAUCAUAUAGGUGUUGACUAUUACUGCACAGGAAUUUACAAAGAUGUUAACAUUCAUGUGUUCAAUAAUUGCCCAUCUUAAAAACCCCUAUUUAAAUAUAACAGCAUAUCUACAGUUGGCCAUAGCUUCCACCUGUAUCUACCAAGUAUAGUACUGCAGCACAGCAAAGACCAAUCCUUCAGGUUUGGUACAUUCCUAGAUGAGACACAUGUAAGGUGGUUCCCUGUUUGUCUGAGGGUAGACAAGUUGCUAUUUAUGAAAAAAAUCUAAAAAGAUUUAAAACCACAAACUUAAUGUAUUUAUUUGAAGAUAAACCCCUGGACUAUGAGCGGUCUUCAUGGUUUUGCUGCUUCGUUUAGCUUGUUUUCCCAUUAACUCAUUUUAUUACCCUAUGGCUUUGUAAUGACUUGUAACUGUAAUCUUGUAUGAAUUCGUGUUUAUUACGUGCUGAUCAGAUGAUCCACCAGGGGAGACUGUCGCAGUGUCUCAUGCCCAGGAUGAAACUCCUGUUCUGGGCUUAACAUCCCUGGACGCACCUUCAUGCGUAGAACAUCAAGAGCUCGGAUGUAAAUAAACACUAAAUCCAUGAA